AUGUCGUCGUGGUGCGGUCCUUCACGUCGUCAAGUCAAAUACGAUGUCUUCCUCAGCUUCCGAGGCGGAGACACACGUAAAAACAUCAUUAGCCAUUUGCACAAAGAACUUGUGAGACGAGGGAUACGUACGUUCAAAGACGAUGAGACGCUGGAAACAGGAGACCGUUUCCCCGAGAGACUCCGUGAAGCCAUCAACACGUCGAGGUUUGCCAUUGUGGUUAUCUCAAAGAACUACGCUUCUUCGAGAUGGUGCUUGGAAGAGCUUCGAAUGAUAAUGAAGCUUCAACGGGAGAAAAAUAUUGCUGUGAUUCCUGUUUUCUAUGAAGUGGAUAUCUCUGACGUUAGAAAUCAUCGAAGUGGUUUUGGUUUAGUACAACACCACAAAGAUCCCAAGAUUCCAUUCUGGAAAGAUGCGCUUCGGGGAAUCGCAAACACACAAGCCACCGAGUCAAGAAAAUGCAAGGACGAUGCCACGUUGGUUGAGGGAGUUGUUGAACUUGUUUCAGACAAGUUGUUGUCUAGUUUGCCAAUGGACCUCGGGGAUAUUGUUGGUAUGGAAGCUGACGUGGACCAAAUCGAACAUCUCUUGGACAUGUCCUUUACGACCAAUGAGGUUCGCAUGGUAGGAAUCUGGGGUAUGGCAGGCAUUGGCAAAACUGCCAUAGCCAAGAAUCUUCAUCAAAAACAUAAACACCAUUUCAAGACUCAUCAUUGUUUCAUGGAAAAGGUUUCUUCUCUGAAAGCAAAGAGUCCCUUAGAUCUACAGAAAUGGCUUCUUUCAGAUAUUCUUCGGAAAAAAGAUCUCAAGGCACUGAACCUUGGCCAGGGAGCUCCUUGUAUCAAGUCAAGGCUCGUAAACCUAAAAUCCCUCAUUGUUAUUGAUGAUGUGGAUGAUGUGAAACAGCUGGAUGCCUUGGCAAAAGAGGCUAGUUGGUUUGGACCAGGGACCCGAAUCAUCAUAACAACACGAGACAAGAGCUUGCUCAAGUUGUUCUCCUGUGCCGUGUACAAAGUUGAGUAUUUGAAGGAUGAUAAGGCUCUCCAGAUCUUUCAGCGGUUUGCUUUCCAAGGAGCAGAACCUCCUAUUGCCUACAAUGAUCUUUCUAUAAGUAUCUCUCAGCUUGCUCAAGGUCUUCCUUCUGCCCUUGAGGAUUUCGGCACUUAUCUUCGGGGCAAGUCCGCAGUGGAGUGGCGAGAUGCUUUGAAAUCAUUUCAGGAAGCUCUUCCCGAGAAAACCUUAGUGGACUUGAAAAGUAGCUAUCAUGGUUUAGAUGAACUUGGUAAGACAGCUUUUCUUCAUGUCGCAUGCCUUUUCAAUGGAGAACCUGUCCGGCGAGUCAGGAAACUUCUUGGUCAAGGUAAAGCCGGAAUGAGGGUUUUAAAGGAAAAGUCUCUCAUCAAGGUGUCUUCUGAUAGGCGUAUAGCUAUGCACCGUUUGCUGGAGCAAAUGGGGAAACAUAUUGUGCGUCAAGAGUCAAACAACAACCCUUCUCAGCAACGUAUCUUGUGGCACCAUGACGACAUCCUUCGAGUACUUGACACCAAUACAGUAAGUUACACGCAAUGUUCUUAA